CUAGAGGGCGCAGCCUGCAGCAGCUGCAUUAUGAAUAGGAUGCUUUAUUCUCUGAUGCCGGGUGAUAUCAUCGGUUGUUGGCUAGUCGGCAGUCGCCUUCAUGGAUGUAUAACGCUAAACGAAUCAAACGGGAGGUCUAACUCUGUUAUCUCUACUUGAGGAAGGGAAAACAAGGUUUAAUGGACUCCAACAGUGAAGACGGGGAAUACCAAAAUCUUGAACAUGCCUUCCAGCACGAUGCAGCCCAGUACAGAGUGAGCUAUCCUCAUUUACAGGGGGAUUAUGAUAAAAAUGAGGAGUUCAACAAAAAGAGGUUUCCAGUGAGUCGCUCUGGCAACAACCCAGGCAGAGUGAAGCGGGUAGUGUCCUGUAAGAGGAAGACACAUCAUCUGACGGUGACUCGGAAGAAGCAGCUCGGGUCUGGGAGAAAUUAUGAUGCGGCAAACAAAGAGAAUGAGAUGAACUGUAUGCAGGACAUGCAACAGGAGAUAUUUGAGAUGGACCUUUGGGAGUUCCCACUAAAUGUCAAUAAUAAUGACAGGACUGGGAGAACUGGUUCUGAACAAACUGACUACAGUACACUCACUGAGCUCACAAGGGAUCAUAGCACAAUGACCGAUGUGCUCUUUGGAAGACAUCUGAGACUGAAAGUGGCCUUAACAUUAUGGCAGAGAAAUGUUGGAGAGCUGUUGACAUACUUCCUGAGAAUCCAAGACACUGGUGUGUUUGUUGAUUUUCUCCCCCUGAUAAGUAAAAGCAUUGAUGAGGAUUCUUCCAGGAUUACCAUUGGCUGUUGUGUUGACCUCAUUCCUUUAGUGAGGAAAGUCCUCAGCAAUCCAUAUGAAGACUAUCACAUUGUUGGUUUAAAGUGGAUAAAUUCGGUUUUGAAAAACUGGUGGGAGGAACUCAUAGCAAGUGGCUGUAACGGAUCAACAAAACUUCCACUGGAUAGAAAUUUCCAAGUCUUUAAUCAGCAGUUAUUGGAGUUAUGGCAUCAGGAGCCUUUAUUGAAAUUGUUUCCUGGAACUGCUGGAGACAUGGCAAAGGUCAUUGAUUCUUUCCUGUCUCAACUCACCUGACAGCGAUGACGAGCCAGAUAACAUCUGUCUCCUUUAGCAACCCCCUUAUGUAGGAGCUGCAGUUGUUUCCACAGAGAAGUGCCUUUAUCAUGUACUGUAGCAGUGAAAUGUCAGUGAAGCUUGAUGUAUUUAUUGGUUGGCAGAGCAAUUGAAACAGUUGAAGUACUGACUAUGUGCAAUAUAAAUUAGAUGUGAUUCUCUUCAUUGACCAGUAGGAUUUUCUAGUCACCAGCUCAAAGAAGUGUAUUAUUGUAUAGUUUCAAUCAUGUCACAGAAACUCUUAUGGAUGUAAGAAAUAAUGCAACAAUUUUGUUUUAUGUGUCUACUCUUUUCAAUCAUGCCAUUGGUGAUGAAUACAGUUUGUAUUUUAAAUUGA